UCUGCAGCUACCUUUGAAAUUGGCUUGAUGCCGCGCCCUUCCUUUGGGUAUUGUGAUAGCUCUUGCUCUGUAACUCCGGAGCCUAAUGAUCAGUUAAUAAUGGGGCUAUAUCGAAGAAAAAUAGUUUCUGCCUCAGGACAGGAGUCAGAAAUUUAUUAUUGGUUGGGCCAUAGUGACCUUCCUGCGGUGUGGGUGGAUGCAGCAACACAAGUAUUUUUUUCACUUGGACCAGGAUUUGGAGUUCUUCUAGCUUAUGCAAGUUAUAAUAAAUAUCACAACAAUGUGUAUAAAGAUGCUUUACUGACAAGUGUGAUAAAUAGUGCGACCUCUUUUGCGGCUGGAUUCGUAAUUUUUUCUGUUUUGGGAUACAUGGCACACGAAAGUGGAAAAUCAAUUCAAGAAGUGGCAACUGAAGGACCAGGACUAGUUUUCGUCGUUUACCCGGCAGCAAUCGCAACUAUGCCUGGUUCCAUGUUUUGGGCUCUCAUUUUCUUUUUGAUGCUUCUUACUCUUGGUCUUGAUAGUUCUUUUGGAGGGUCUGAAGCAAUUAUCACUGCCCUUAGUGAUGAAUUUCCAGUAAUUGGGAAUAAUCGAGAGAUUUUUGUUGCUUGUCUUUUUACUCUUUAUUUUGUCGUCGGCCUCACUUCCUGUUCUCAGGGCGGUUUCUAUUUCUUUUACCUUUUGGAUCGCUAUGCUGCAGGAUAUUCAAUGCUAUUUGCUGUUUUGGCAGAAGCAAUAGCGGUUAGUUGGAUUUAUGGUGUGGAUAAAUUCUGUGCUGACAUCAAAGACAUGAUAGGUUUCACUCCUGGAUUAUAUUGGAGAGUUUGCUGGAAAUUUGUGGCUCCAAUUUUUAUAAUUUUUAUUAUUGUUUAUGGUUUGAUGGCCUAUGAACCAUUAACUUAUGAGGACUAUGUUUAUCCAGAGUGGGCCAAUAUUUUGGGUUGGUGUAUUGCAUCUUCUUCAGUUGCAAUGAUACCAGGUUAUGCCAUCUAUAUAUUUAUUGUUACCCCUGGAACGUAUUGUCAGAGAUUGAAAACACUUACUACUCCAUUAAGAGGCAUCCAACAAAACACUUCUUCGCCAGUGGUUCUUAAUGGUGCUAUGAGAUACAGUUUCCUAAAUACUGAUGGUCUUGAGGAUGAUAUUAUCAAUGAUGCAAACACCAAAGAACAAUUAGAAAUAAUGAUUUCAUCUUCUGAAAACAUGGAUGAAGGUCCACCACCUGAGCAAGUAUAGGAUUCAAUGAUCAUCGUUUGGGGUGAAAUUCGCUUUCAUAUGUAUCUGUGUUGAAACAAAUAGAUUUAAUGUUUCUUCAAAGAUAAUAGUUAUAUUUUUUUCACACAUCUUAAUAUUUUAUAUUGCUAGUUCAUGUUUAUAUUUGAAGAAAUAAAGCCCAACAAAAAAUAUGAAUUAUAGGGCUACAAAGACACCAGAGGAGGCCUGUGUUUCUAUCUAGUUAUAUGCAAUUGUAACAUUUUUGCAUGGUUAUAUUUCAAAACGAAAAUAGACGAUGUAGAACCAUCUCAUAAAAAAGACAUUUUUUAAUAGCGUUAGUAAAAAUUUAUAACGUGUAAUAUACUUAUACCUUGAAAAGUUGUUAAACUUAAACUCAAUUGAGAUGUGUGGUUAAUAAGAACAAUAAUCGUUGCUACAAAUAGCUGUAUUAUUCUUACAUGUACAUUAUACAAACGCUACGAAAUGCUUUUUAAAAUUAUUUCAAUUAGAUAAAUACGAUAUUUGUUUUAAAGUUUGUAAUAAGUUUAAGUGUUUGAAUGUUAUACUUAAAAACAAUAAAAACGGCAUUUGUGUAAAA